UUGAAACUAAAAUGUUGACAUUGUUUUUGUCUUUGAGACUUUUACAAGAAAUUGACUGAGGAAAGGACAGAGUCAACGCCACUUUGAGGAAGUGAGCUGAUAUAAACCACAGUGAGCGGUAGCAGCAUCUCUCUAAAACAGCUCUACAGUAGAAGAUCAGACUGUUGGGAGUGUGAGAGCUGAAGAAGAGAGACGGAGAAUCACCAUGGAUGAGCUCAGAUGGAUUCACAUUUCUGUCAUUCUGACAGCGCUGCUUCACUUUACAGUGAGUGGGAAUCGACAUUUCUUCACCAUCAAACAAGGAGAAGACGUGACUUUGCCUUGUGAGAACGUGAUCAACCAUCAGCAGAGAUGUGGUGGUACUACAUGGCUCUUUAUAGAUUCAACAAACACAAGAACAGUGGAGCUGAUUGAACGUGGAUGGGUAAAUAAAAAUGCUGGAGCUAAAUCAGACAGACUGAGUGUUACAGAGGAUUGUUCUCUGGUGAUGACGAAGGUCACACAAGAGGAUGUUGGGCAUUAUUUCUGUAGACAGGAGAAAUUGGGAUCACAAGGAGAUACUCUGAGUUAUCUGUCUGUUGUCAACAUUACUGAACAUACAGACCACAGUUAUCUGUCAGUCACCUGUGAUGUGAGGACACCUGGAGGUUGUAGACACACAGUGAAGUGGUUUAAUGAGGGUUCAGACCAGGAUGAGAAUAACCAACAUGUACAAACAUCACAGUCUGACUCUGGAUGCUGUGCCAUCGCCCGAAUCCCAAAAGCUCAUGCAUCCAGAGAUAUCUUGCUGAAGUGUGAAGUCACAGAACGGGACACUGGAAGAGUUCAACAUUUCCCCUUCAGUCGUCAGACAACAGUCAUAUUUCUAUUUCUCUUAAUGACUGAGAAUGUGGACAGAGAUGAGGUGGCUGUAACCUGCUCUCUGUCAUCAUAUGAACCAUGUGAACACUCUCUGAGGUGGCUGUAUGAGGGUAAAGAUGUGAGAGAACAUUAUCAAGGUGUGAGGAUAUCAGAGAGUUACUGCUACACCUCUGUGACCUUCAAGACUUCUGAACCAAAACCAAACUCUCUGGAUUGUGAAGUUACUGCUGAUAACAAAGUGGAGCUCUUUACCCUCAGACUUCAGCCCUCAGCUGAGAAACCAGGUGAGGACACAAAAAAUGACCCAAAAGAAACAACAACAUCAGCAACAAUGACACCAACAGGACCGACUGAACAUAUCACAGCAGCAGGAACCAAUGACUCUUCUAAUCUGCACACCAGGUUCAUCGUUGUCUCUGUGGGUUUAUCAGCUCUCAUCAUAACUGUUGUGACUGUCAACAUAUGAACAAGAACUAAAGGGAAACAAUCACAGAGGAAUGAUAAGGUGGUGAGUUUUUAAAAGCAGUGAGAGUGGAGUUUAGUUACUGCUCAGCUGAUUUUAGGAGGCUGUUCAGUCUAGUCUUUGUUAGUAUAGGGGCUACAAUCAGUCUGAGUGUUUCAGAGUGUUGCUUUGAUUGUGUUGAUUUUCACAGGUGGAUGAGGAUGAUGAAGAUGAGACAGUGAACUAUGAAAACAUCAGAGCUUCUGCAGAGGAUUGACCAACACUUGUGUCUCUGUCAGACUACACAGACCAACAACAUCAUGAUCAGAGGAGUUCAUGUCAUCUUUCCUCUACAAGAAGGAGAACCUCCCUAAUCCUGUCACUAACUCUUGUAUUGAAGAUCUUGGUUUUCCCUUGAAAAAGGAGCCGAAAUAUGAUCAAAUGUAAAUCAACUGAAAAUGAGCAGACAUGUAUAAAUGUAGGCUUCUGUCUGAAACUAAGGAUGCACAUCACUCCAUCAGAUUCCCUUUAUAGACAUGAAUGUAUGUGUUUAAUAUUUAACCACAUCCUGUAGCGCCACCUUUUGGUGAAAUAGCAAAGAAGCAUGAGGAAUCAGUCUCUAUAGAUAGACAGCUGUAUACAACAAGUGUGUUUAAGGUUUCUCUCUACACAAACCACAACUAGGAACCUUGACUGGAAACUCCAUCUGUUUUAGUCCCUCAAAGGCUCAGCUCUGCAGGAUGAUGGAUCAGGACUUUACAGAUUCAAAUGAGUAUAAGGCACUGAUUUUCCCUCUGUACAGGGAGGAGGAAGAGGUUUGACUUCCUCAAGGGGUCUGCAGACUCAAUUUUCCUGUUAAUAUUUGUAUUUUUAUCUGCUCUCUUUUAUAUAAAUAGGUCUAUUUUUCUAUGAAUAAUAUUGUUAAUAUUUGUGCUUUUCUGAAGGAUUUAAAGCUGUAAUCAUAUAUUAGAUAUCAUGUAUGCUCAUUUAUAUUCACAUAAAUAAAUAUAACUUGUUAUUUUAGCUCAGAUGGUGGAGCAGACACCAGAUGCCUAAAUAAGAGUUUACUUCCUGUGAUGGUUAUGUUUCUGUAAGAUUAGAAGGGAAGGUUUUUUAAUAAGCUUUAGCUUCUUCCUACACCCUUUCAGUUACCUUGGA